AAAUCCCAUCAGACCAGACGAUGCGUGAUGUGGUUCGGUGACACUCGGAGGCAACGCUUCUGGGGCGUCGUCGCCUGCUUCCUUCUCCUCGUCGUACAGAAUGUCACGGCGAGCGUGGGCGACCGCUUGCCCGAGUUCCAGAGUUGCGUCUCCGACUGCAUAGCAUCAAACUGCGGCGCUGAUGGCCCGCGCAUUUCCCUUCAACACCGACUCCUCUUCUGGACCUGCCCCGCCGAAUGUGACUACGUCUGCCAGCACAUCAUCACCGAUGCCCGGGUGGCGCGCGAUCCGCAAAACCCCUCCUCCGUCGUCCAAUACCAUGGCAAAUGGCCCUUCUACCGCUUCCUCGGCAUGCAAGAGCCCGCCUCCGUCCUCUUCUCCCUCUUCAACUUCCUCGCCCAUGACAACGGCAUCCGCCAACUGAAAGAGCACAUCCCCUCCAGGUACCCGCUGCGGCGAUACUAUCUGAUGUUCGGCUACUUCGGCCUCAUGAGUUGGACCUUCAGCAUGAUCUUCCACACCCGAGACUUCAAUCUCACCGAAAAGCUGGACUAUUUCGGCGCCGGCGCGAGUGUGAUGUACGGCAUGUUCUUUGCGCCCAUCCGCAUCUUCCGCAUGGAUCAGCCUCGCCCGAGCUCGGCGGGCACCAACAAUGCCUCUGGCAGCAUUCUACGCCUGUGGACGUUCAUGUGCGCCUCGCUGUACCUGCUUCACGUCUUCUACCUCUCCUUCAUCACCUUUGACUACACCUACAACAUGGCUGCUAAUGUCGUGGUCGGCAUUGUGCAAAACGUGCUGUGGACGUGGUUCUCAAUCACGCGCUUUCGCAAGGUCGGCAAGCUGUGGGCCGCCUGGCCAGGUCUGAUUGUCGCCUGGAUCAUUCUGGCCAUGAGUCUGGAGCUGUUUGAUUUUGCUCCAUUCUGGGGGAUGGUGGAUGCACAUGCGCUGUGGCAUCUGGGGACUGUAGGGCCGACGAUUUGGUGGUACAACUUCUUGAUCAGGGACGCUCAGGAGGACAUGCAGUAUGCGAGAUUGAAGGCGUGAAGCGGACGAGGAAGGGCAGCUUGAUGUGUAUCUAAUCUAGUGCAUGCAAUAGUGAUAUGCAUAUCGGAACAAACUCCUACGCGUG